GCUCUGCCUGGGGCAGCAAGGUCUGGCAGCUGUCUCCAGCUCAGGGUAAAGCAAAAGGGAGGAGGUGGAAGUAAAGAGAAAAUCAGUUGAUUCAGAUUUUGCCAAUUUUUUAAAGAAUUAUCAUCAGGUUUCUAUUGAACUUUUGAUUUUUGACAGUUAAUAAAAUCUUAGAUGAUGCAUCUGUGAGUAUUUCUAAUUCUCCUCUGUUACCUGCAACCUGCUUGUGUUGAGUGGGAAAAACAGCUCUGCUGCAUGAGAGUUACAAUCUGUGCCUGAAGACAUGCAGAAAUUCCAGUGGCCUGAUGAAUGAUCAGGAGCAGAAUGAAUGCCGAGUCCAGUGCUAAAAUACGGCACUGGGUACUGGACAUGGGAGGGCCAAGCUGUGGUUCUGUCAUUGAUUCUAUGGAAGACUUCUUUCCAGCCCACCAUCUUCCCAUUUGGAAUGUGGAAAAAGGGAGUACCUUCCAUAUGGCAGCUGGGUCCAACCCACAGGGAGGUGUGUUGCUUCCCUGGGGUUCAGCAAGGAUAACCCUUCUCCACGCUGUGUGAAUUCCGUUUCCCAUGGAGCUGGAGCCCACAGCUCAUAGAUGGAGGGAGCAUUGUUCCCUAGCAACCAUCUCUACUCUUCAGCCUUCAUCCAGGACCUUGUACAAACCACCAGUCACCAUACAGGGAUCAUGGACCAGGUGAGAGAGAAAUGCCAAGCUCAGGACAAUGCAGCAUUAGAAACAGGACAGAAAGGACUCAACGACUGUACUGAAAUGACAAAAAAUUACUUGACCUGGGCAUCUCUUUCAGAUUACCAACAGCUGAGUUACAACUUCAACAUAAAUAUCUUCCCAGGUGGUCCACUGAAGAGCCAAAGCUUGAUGAGAGAUUCCUACACCCCUGAUGUAUUUCAGAAGGCAGUGAUAGAUCCCAGGCAUUGGCAUGGAAGGACAAUUAAUGAGCUAGGGAGAUGGUAUGAGAAAUAUUUCCUAGAUCUUAACGUGCAGAAAGCAAUAAAGGAGAAACAUGGGAGGCGUAAAAAAAAAAAAGAUUCCUAGAAGAUGAAGGUUGAAGAUUGGAAUGCAUUCAACAAUGAGUCUUUUCCUUCUGCCAUCUAAUAAACCUGCCUGUGAAAUCUGAA